AUGUCAACUGAGACAAAUGAUGAAGAUGAAGCAGAAAAAGAAACUUUGGAUUUCACCAAAAUGUACAAAACUGUUCUACAAAGAACAGAGGUUCCUAAGCUUGAGAUUCCAUUUACAGUUCAGGAUGUCAUCAGUAGGAUUGAGCAAGCACAGGUCCAGCGAGCCAGAGAGCAUCUUAAUAUGCAGCUGACAGACAUAAUGCAAAAUGUGAAGCGUAUAAUAAAUCGCUAUACUAUGUAUGAGAAUAUGCAUGCUGGAAGGAAAAUAUCCCUUACAGAACAUAAGAAACAGAAAGGAAGUUUGCUGGAGAAAAUAACUGCUUGUGCUAAGACUGCUGAAAUUAAAAACAAGACUCUUGCCUACAUUCUGGCCUGGUUGGAAGAAUGGAAUGUCACUUUGUCUGAGAUUACUGCAAUUGAUAUUGACGAACACCAUCACUGUUUAGCACAAAUGGAGAUGUUACCAGAAACGUUCAAAGCUAUUGAGAACAAUAUCAAGAUACUAAGCAGAAUUAGUAUGUAUUUGCUUGAAGAAAAGAAGAAACAAAAGAAAAAAACAGCAUCUAGAGGUUCUCUAUGGAAAUCAUGGAAAGAAAGAGUUAUAAAGCGACCUGCAACAGCUCAUGCUUUAAGACCAGAUCAGAUGAUUAGUGAUCAAUUUGCCACCGAAAAAAAGGUGUCAGAAAUCCAAGAUAUGCUUCAGGAACUCAUAGGUACUUCAAUGUUCAAUAAACUGGAAAACAAUGCUAUUAAAUAUAUAUCAUCAACAACAGUAAACCUUUCUAAAGCUUUGAGUACGCUAAAUGAUGAAGUGAAAGCUAUUAACCUCCAUACUUCUGAUAUAUAUGCAAAUGAGACAGUUGAAAGAGAACAAGAGAUUUCCCUGAAGAUAAUACAAGAUCUCAGUGAAAGAAAUGAAAUGCUUCAGCAAAAACUUCAAGAAGCAGAAGAAAAAUAUGAACACCUUAUUCGAUCCAAAGUUUUAGAGCACCAAGCAUUGCCCACAUCAACACUGAAAGUGUUACCUGAGCCUUCUCCACAAUCAGCCAUUAGCCAAGCUGACACAGAAGACAAUUUAGACAGUAUUUUGGCCAAAGAAUUUGAAAACAUAGUAGAUGAGGCCCCCCAAAAAGGGACCAAAGCCUUGGGGAUCAAGAGGGACCCAUCUCAUUUAUAUGCAGCCCAAGGUGAAACUACUGAAGAUUUAACUGGUGAGCAGAAAAAGUCUUCUGGAGAGAUCACUGAAGAUAAGAUAUCAGUGAAGAAAGGUGGUGCCUUUCAGAAAAAUGGGGCUGACGAGUUUCAGUCACAGAAAAAAAAGCAUACAAAAGGCCUGUCUGUUCAGGAGACCUCUGAAUCAAAUGUGAAUGAUGAUAAAGGUAAACAGAAAGUCACAGGGACCAAACCUGAUCACCACUUAGAAUUACAAGCACUGGAUAAGAAGAGAAAAGAAACAAAAUCCUUUCCUGAAGGCAAAUCAAAGUCACUCACUGAAUCAAAAAAUCAACAUUUUCCUUCUGAUUUCCCUUCUGACAAGAGCCAAGGUGGUAAAAGUGGAACAAGUGGUAUACUGGAACAACUCAGGGAGGCUAAAUCUGAAUAUUCACAGAGUAAAAGUCAAAUUUCUUCAGAGAAUAAAGAGGAGCUCACCACUGAGUCAAUGAACAAAGAUGGCAGAAAUGAGAUGAGCAGCCCACCAGAGCCAUCCAGUUUGAGCCAACUUGAUUAUUCCUCUGAAAAAAUAAAAGGAAAGAAACACCAUAUCUCUCCAGGAAGCACUACAAGAAAAGAAGAAAAAUCUGAAGAGAAAGAUAUGUCAGUCUUCACAAAGAAAUUCAAGUCUCUUACACUUGCUAAAUCAGGUAUUCCAGAUGGCGAAAGUGAACAGAGUAACCUAGAAGAAGUUCAGAAAGCCAUAGUGUCAUUCCUUAAAGAGAAAACUGAUAACAUAGGAAAGCCCUUAGAUAAAAAGACUGAGUCAAAAAAAGAGUUAUUAUUAAGAAGAUCAGAAGUUGAGAAAUUAGGAAUCAUAAAGGCAAAAAUGGAGGAAUAUUUCCAAAAAGUGGCUGAAACUGUGACAAAAAUCUUAAGAAAAUACAAAGAUACAAAAAAUGAAGGACGAAUUAGAGAGAAACCUUUGAAACAAAAAGAGGCAGUCUCAUUUAUGCCAGAACGGCAUUCUCAGGAAACAACUAGAGCAAAGUCAGAAAUUAGCACCUUAAUUUCACAGGAGAGGCUUGACCCACUAACUGACAAUUUAAUACAAAUGAUCUUGACCGAACUAGAAAGUGAAAGGAAUGUUCCAGAAGCCUCAACAGUAGGGACAGACUAUAAACAGAAGGAAAAACAAGAGCUAGAAGAAAGGAGGUUUGAGAUGAUAAAUAAGAAUUUGGAGAAGGAAGGGGCAUGGCUCCCAAUGAAGGAGGGAAAGCAAGGGCAACAGAAGCAGAAACAGUGGCAGGAAGAAGAGGUAUGGAAAGAACAGCAAAAACACAAUAUACAAAAGCAGAUCGAGUCAGAUGAGAAGCAAAAGCAAAGGGAAGAGGAGAAAGAAGGGUAUCAGAAGUCAAAGCAGCAGCAGUUGGAAGCAUGGGAACAAAAAAUGAAACAAAAAGGUGUGCCUUUGGAGAAGGAGAAAGGACAGCAGAUGAUGCAGGUUCAGAAGGAAGUGAGACAUCUGGAGCAAGAAAGCAGUUUGGAGAGAGAGGAGGAGAAGCAGAAGGCAAGGAGAAAGGUAGGGGACUAUGAAAGUCAGAAGGAAAAAACAGCAAAGAAGAUGAAGACAUCUGAACAGCUAGAACAGGUGCUCAGUCACACUUCGGUCCCAUUGUUUCACAGGUGGGAGAGCACACAGAAAGACAUACCGCAGGUACACCAACGAAAAGAUUUCACUGGGAAUCUUAAGAAAUUAGGGGAUCUGGCUGAAGGAAAGCAUCCCACUCCAAUCACUACUCCCAUCUCCACACAAUCUUCCUCACGUGGAUCCUCUUCUGUUUCUGGAGCAUCUCUUGCAAAGUGCAUCACUCUCACCCCUCAGCAAGCCCAGGCACUUGGGAUCACUCUCACCCCUGAACAAGCUCAGGCACCAGGGAUCACUCUCACCCCUCAGCAGGCCCAGGCACUUGGGAUCACUCUCACCCCUCAGCAGGCCCAGGCACUUGGGAUCACUCUCACCCCUGAACAAACUCAGGCACCAGCGAUCACUCUCACCCCUCAGCAGGCCCAGGCACUUGGGAUCACUCUCACCCCUGAACAAGCUCAGGCACCAGGGAUCACUCUCACCCCUCAGCAGGCCCAGGCACUUGGGAUCACUCUCACCCCUCAGCAGGCCCAGGCACUUGGGAUCACUCUCACCCCUCAACAAGCUCAGGCACCAGGGAUCACUCUCACCCCUCAGCAGGCCCAGGCAUCAGCGAUCACUCUCACCCCUCAGCAGGCCCAGGCACUUGGGAUCACUCUCACCCCUGAACAAACUCAGGCACCAGCGAUCACUCUCACCCCUCAGCAGGCCCAGGCACUUGGGAUCACUCUCACCCCUCAGCAGGCCCAGGCACUUGGGACCACUCUCACCCCUCAACAAGCUCAGGCACCAGGGAUCACUCUCACCCCUCAGCAGGCCCAGGCACUUGGGAUCACUCUCACCCCUCAGCAGGCCCAGGCACUUGGGAUCACUCUCACCCCUCAACAAGCCCAGGCACUUGGGAUCACUCUCACCCCUCAACAAGCUCAGGCACCAGGGAUCACUCUCACCCCUCAGCAGGCCCAGGCACUUGGGAUCACUCUCACCCCUGAACAAACUCAGGCACCAGCGAUCACUCUCACCCCUCAGCAGGCCCAGGCACUUGGGAUCACUCUCACGCCUGAACAAGCUCAGGCACCAGGGAUCACUCUCACCCCUCAGCAGGCCCAGGCACUUGGGAUCACUCUCACCCCUGAACAAGCUCAGGCACCAGGGAUCACUCUCACCCCUCAGCAGGCCCAGGCACUUGGGAUCACUCUCACCCCUGGACAAGCUCAGGCACCAGGGAUCACUCUCAUCCCUCAGCAGGCCCAGGCACUUGGGAUCACUCUCACCCCUGAACAAGCUCAGGCACCAGGGAUCACUCUCACCCCUCAGCAGGCCCAGGCACUUGGGAUCACUCUCACCCCUGAACAAGCUCAGGCACCAGGGAUCACUCUCACCCCUCAGCAGGCCCAGGCACUUGGGAUCACUCUCACCCCUGAACAAACUCAGGCACUUGGGAUCACUCUCACCCCUGAACAAGCUCAGGCACCAGGGAUCACUCUCACCCCUCAGCAGGCCCAGGCACUUGGGAUCACUCUCACCCCUGAACAAGCUCAGGCACCAGGGAUCACUCUCACCCCUCAGCAGGCCCAGGCACUUGGGAUCACUCUCACCCCUCAGCAGGCCCAGGCACUUGGGAUCACUCUCACCCCUGAACAAGCUCAGGCACCAGGGAUCACUCUCACCCCUCAGCAGGCCCAGGCACUUGGGAUCACUCUCACCCCUCAGCAGGCCCAGGCACUUGGGAUCACUCUCACCCCUCAACAAGCUCAGGCACCAGGGAUCACUCUCACCCCUCAGCAGGCCCAGGCAUUUGGGAUCACUCUCACCCCUCAACAAGCUCAGGCACCAGGGAUCACUCUCACCCCUCAGCAGGCCCAGGCACUUGGGAUCACUCUCACACCUGAACAAGCUCAGGCACCAGGGAUCACUCUCACCCCUCAGCAGGCCCAGGCACUUGGGAUCACUCUCACCCCUGAACAAGCUCAGGCAUCAGGGAUCACUCUCACAGUUCAGCAGGCCUGGGCACUGGGGAUUCCUGUCACCCUGCAGCAUAUCCAGGAACAGCUUGCAGAAUUAGGGGUUCCUCUCACCUCAGAUAAAGUGUAUACCUUAGGAUAUCCCCACAUCCCAGAACAAAUCCAACCUUUGGACGCUCCUUUCACCCCAGGGGAGGCCUGGUCCGUGGGUAUUACUGUUAGAUCUGUGCAGGACCCAACAUCAACAACUCCUCUCAUGAAGGAGCACCCCUUACCACCCUGGGCUGGUCCUCCUUCAGAGCAUACACUGAAAGCUGGGAUCUCUUCCAUUACUGAUAAAUCUGUCACAAAACAUGCUCCUCACACUCCUAAGGUGUCCUCAGUAUCAUCUGUUGCUAUUGCUGAGAAGUCCCUUGUAUUUGAGGUGCCUUCUACUCCUAUGCAUCUAUCAAGGUUUCCUCUUAAACAAGCCCCCUCUGAGAAAUUCUUGGGCAUGAGGAUUCCUUCAGACCCUGAGAAGCUCCUGGCACCACAGACUUCACCUUCCUCCAGACAGACCCUAGUGUCUAAGGAUCUAUCAACCUCUGUUCCGUUCCCAACACCAGUUCCCAGUCCAAUAUUUGAGCUUUCUCCCACUUCACAGCAGCCCCUUGAACCAAAGGCCCUUCUUAGUUCUGGGCGAUUCUUCAUAUCUAGGGACUCUAUGACUCCCCAGUCACCUUUGACAUUGAAGCCCCUUCCUGACCCCAGACAGCCCCUUAUAUCUGGAGUCCCAGUCACCUCUGCACAGAUUCCCAAAAUCUGGGCUCCUCUCCCUUCUGGGAAGUGCUUGUUUCCUGGGACCUCUUCCAUCCCUCAAGAGUUCUUGAAAUCUGGACCCUUAACACUCUCUGAGCAGUUUCAGGCAUCCCAGACCUUUGCCACUCGUAAGCAAUCUCCCCAGUUACAAGCCCCUUCUACCCUUAGGCAGCAUCUGCCACAAAGGACCCUUCCUGGGCAAGCUUCCCCAGUAUGGGUCUCUCCCACCCCUGGGCAUCCCCUAACACUGUUGACUCCCUCAAUCCCUGAAAAGCCACAGAAAGAUUUGUCCUCUGCUGUUUCUAAGAAAAGGAAGGAAAGAUUGUCAAUUAUUUCUUCUCUGAAAUUGAAAUCAGUAUUGGUCCAUCCCAGUGCUCCAAGUUUCAAGGUAAUUCAAGCCCCUGACACUUCUGAAGAAAUCCAGGUACCCGAAGAUCCUUUUACCGUGGAACGAUUUAGAAUGUUUAAGUCCCAUCUCACCGAUUACAAGACACCAGUAUCACAAGCCCCUUAUGUUCAUGAGAGGAUCCUUCCUACUCUCAUUAAGCCUGUAACGCCACUACCUUCUCUUAUUACGACUCAACUACUCAAAACACGGCAGAGCUCACCUUCUGAAUGGGACCAGAAAUCCCCACUUCCCCCUAUCAAUAUGCCCUGGGUGCUGACUUCAGUUUCAGAUACCAAGCAACCCAAGAUGAUGGUGCCCACUUCCCAUCCCCAAGAGCUCAAAGAACAGAACUAUUUUGUUGAUGUGGAGGCUCAGCGGAAGAACCUGAUACUCUUAAAUCAGGCCACAAAAGCUGCUAUACUCCCUUCACAGCUACACACAGAAGCUAGGAAUCUCAUAAUUGAGACACUUCAUACAGACAAAGUUCGGCUGGGAUACUUAUUCCGCAAGUACAAUGCCUACAGACUGAUCCAGCGGGCAAGAAACAACAUAAUUAAACGAUUACAAGCCAUCCAGAAUACUGGAAGAAGUUAUGAGACCCAGAACCUCUACAUAAUGCUGAAGAGGAUUGAUGAUUAUCAAAAAAAGGUGAUGCAGAUCUGGACAGAGAAGCAGAAUUCUCUAGAGCAGAAACGGAAUCGGUGCCUAAGGAAAAUGACGUACUUAUUCAGCCAGCUUCAAGAGACAUAUAAAUUGAAUCUCGAUCAACCUAUCCCUUUGGUCAUUGAAAAAAAGCAAAUACCUGCCUCUACCAAAUCUGUUCAAAAGCCAUGCCUAAAGCUACCGAAAGAAGACAAAAGGAAGUAUAACAUUCUCAAUAAAUUUAGAAAAGAUGACCAACUGCAAGCCAUCUGGAAUGCAGAUCUAUCCACUUCGAGUUACCCAAUAACAGAGAAGACAUCAAUGCAUUCACUCUGGGCCCAGCUGGGCGGGUACCCAGAUAUUCCUAUGCUGCUUCAGUUAGAUGUUCAGUCAGCCUUCAUAAGAUCUCUUACAUGUAUUCAGUCAAGCACAGGGACUUUGGCAGCAGGUGGGAGUGAAGGGCAGCUGGAGCUGCCAGUGGGCAGUCACCGGGCACAGGAGGAGAGCACCAGCCUGGGAGUGGCUUCACUCACACACGCAGGAAUACUCACCUACUGA